AUGUCGGAGUCAGAUGUCCACACGAUCAGUGCUGGGAGUCUUCCUCACUAUUUCCUGUCGCACCCGUUCCGGGCGUCUGCCGUGUGUUUCUUGUUGUGGUUCAUCUACCAUACCAUACAAUCAAUUGUGACGGCGUUUAAACCAGGGCUGAGGUCAAUUCCUGGGCCUACCGUGGCAAAAUAUUCCUCACUCUAUCGGCCAUGGAAGCUAGCUGGUGGCGACGCUCCUAAAUUGUACCGUGAGCUCCACGAGCGUUACGGAAAGAUUGUACGGACUGGGCCAAAGACGGUUGAUAUUUCUGACCCGGCCGCGGUAUCUGUGGUAUAUGGCAUAAACAGCAAGUUUUUGAAGUCGGCGUUCUAUGACACGUUCAGUCCAUUUCAUGAAGAGACUGUGAUGGCGAGUAUGUUCUCCGAGCGCGACCCAAGCCAGCAUCAAGCACUCCGACGGCCAGUUGCAAAGAAGUUUUCCAUGUCCUCCAUCCGCGCAAUGGAGCCAUUCGCGGACGACUGCACUGACAUCUUUCUGAAUGCCAUGAGAAGCCUUGAAGGCCAGUCAGUCGAUCUGGGCUCAUGGCUGCAGUGGUACGCGUUCGAUGUAAUUGGUGCUAUUACCUUCCAGCGGACAUUCGGCUUUAUGGAGAAACGCGAGGAUAUUCUAGGCAUGAUCAAAUCCAUCGACUCCGCCCUACGAUAUGCGGCCCUUGCCGGUCAAACACCCGGUGUUCAUCAAUGGCUGAUGGGAAAUCGCUGGGUGUCGAAACUUUUGGCAGCGCAGCCGUUCCUGGAUAUCCCAGAUCCGCUGCGGACGAUCUAUACACAAGAAUGUAUGGACGAGUAUGACCGUCAACCUGUAUCAGAGCAUGGCGACCGACCAGAUUUUCUCUCAUGGUUGCGGGGCGAGGAGGCAAAAGGCAAGCCAAUGUCGCAUCGAGAUUUGGUCAAUCACUUGAGUAACAACUUGCUGGCCGGUAGUGACACCACCGCAAUAUCGCUGCGGGCGAUUGUUUACUUUCUCGUGAAAAACCCAUCAGUCUAUCAGAAACUCCAAAAUGAAAUUGAUGAGGCAGACCGUGCUGGGAGACUAUCGCACUACGUGACGUAUACAGAGUGCCUGGAGCUGCCAUACUUGCAAGCCGUGAUGAAAGAAGCGAUGAGAUGUCAUCCCGGAGUCUCGUACCCGCUAGAAAGAGUCGUCCCAGCGGCUGGGAUCAAAUUGUGUGACGUGCAUCUGGAUGCCGGAACCAUUGUUGGCGUCAACCCAGCAGUGAUGCACCUUGACCAAUCCAUCUUUGGAAAUGAUGCUGCUGAAUUCCGUCCUGAACGAUGGACAGACUCUGAUCAAGUACAAGUCAAGAUGAUGGAUCGUCACCUUAUGACGUUUGGUUACGGAUCGCGCACGUGUAUUGGUAAGAAUAUCUCAAUCAUGGAAAUGGGCAAACUAAUUCCCCAACUUCUUCGGCAUUUCGAUAUUGAAUGGGCCUCUGAUUGCCCGGAAUGGAGGGUUGAGACGUUCUGGUUUGCCAAACAAUACGGUUUGAUCUGUCGACUGAAAUCGCGUACUGACUGUAACAAGACGUGA